AUGCAUCAUUCUCACGCAGCCAGUAGCGAUGCACAGGCAUUUUGGGCUCCUGGAACUGUCAUCCUCGGAGAAUCUGGUGAUUCCACCUCACCGCCGAGACUGCAUCCGGUCCCUACCGCUGACCCGGACGAACCUUUAAACUGGUCUUUUUGGAGAAAGACUGUGCACUUCACCCUCGUCAACUUUUACGUCUUUCUUGCCUUUGUUCAGCUCGACAUUGGCGGGGCGGCUUGGAAGGCUUACCGGCAAGAGCUGGGAUUCACCCCCAAUUUCCUGAAUGCCAGUGUGGCGUACAACUACGUGGGCCUGGCCUGCGGUUGCAUCUUUUUUGUGCCCUUCAUCUACAAAUACGGACGACGACCAGUCUACCUAUUCAGUGUCGUCUUACAGCUGGCGUCUUGCCUUUUGAGCGCGCUCACGCGAAAUGAAGGCGACUUCAUCGCUGCCAAUCUCGUCACGGGCCUGGGUGGUGCCAUUAGCGAGACAAUUGCCCAAGUCACGAUUGCCGACAUCUAUUUCGUGCACCAGCACGCGUCAAUGAAUGGAUGGUUCCUUUUUUCGCAAACCGCCGGCGCUACCCUCGGGCCCGUUGCUUCCGGCUAUGUCGUCGAUGGCCAGGGCUGGCGAUGGAUGUGGUGGUGGUGCGUUAUAUUGUUUGGCGUUAAUCUUGUACUCGUCAUCUUCUUCUUUGAGGAGUCCAAGUACACGAUCCCAGCUUACUAUCAGACAACCACCACGCCUUCAGAGGAAAAGAACAAGCAUGGCUUGGAACAUGUCGAGGAUUCGAAAGAUGGCGGCCUCGAAAGCAUCAACAAUGGCGGCAACAGACCUCGCCGGAAAACUUAUCUCCAGCGACUUGCGUUGGUGACCACAUCUCGAGGCUCCAUCUGGAGAGACUUUUAUCGACCUCUCAUUCCGCUGUUCAAAUUUGCCGCGGUAGCAUACGCUGCGGUUACGUUUGGGACCCUCUCCAUCUCUUUUGCCGUCAUUUCUUCCAUCAUGGCCACUUACUUGUUUGAACCGCCAUACAACUUCUCCGCGUCUUCUGUCGGUCUCAUUAAUCUGUCCCUUUUUGUGACUGCGAUUCCCUCUCUACUUUUUGGCGGCUAUGGAAACGAUCGUCUGAUACUCUGGCUAUCGAAGCGCAAUCGCGGCAUCUUUGAGCCCGAGAUGCGCCUGUGGUUAGCGUUGCCCAUGGCAAUUGUAUGCCCUGGUGGUAUUUUGCUGAGCGGGCUGACGAUCAAUUAUGGCGGACCUUGGCCGUUGAUCGCGGUCGGACUCGGCUUAUUUGGUUUUGGUCUAAACGUGAUAAAUGACGCAGCCCUCUCUUAUGCAAUGGACAGUUACAGUGAAAUUAUCGGCUCUGCCAUGGUCGGAGUUGUGUUUGUGCGCAACGCCGCUUCCAUCGGAAUUAUCUUUGGCCUCACGCCCUGGAUCGAGAAAUCCGGUAUUCGCAACGUCAAUAUUGUCAUGUUUUGUUUCUGCUUCCUCAUUCUUCUCUUGCCUGCUGUAUUGCUCAUAUGGGGCAAGAAAGCUAGGCUGGCGUCUGCGGUGUCUUACAAAAGACUCUCUGAGAAGCAAUCAUCUCACACGUCCUAA